AUGGUCUCACGAGUGCACAAGAAACAUGGUAGUAAAGAACUUCUGCAAGAUGACGAGUCACCGAUAUGCACCUUUCCCCCCGAAGUCCUAUCUGCCAUUUUCGCAGCAGGCAGGGAAAUCGAGGAAACAUCAAGCACCGAUUCCAAUCCUCUGUCUAGAGAGGCCGGUCUUUCUUUUGAACUUCUCAUGUCACAUAUCUGCUCCUACUUUCGUGACAUCGCCAUCGGAACUCCUUCUCUGUGGACGAGCAUUUUCAUCGCUCCAACAACCAAACCGGAGAAAGUUUUAACAUAUAUUGCCCGCUCGCUCGACUGCAGGCUUGAUCUACGUGUGGAUAUGUCGGGGUGGGCAUCUAGCGCGUUGGGAAGAUAUGCCAUGAUGGAGAUGAUCAACUUUGUUAGCGCACAGUCACAUCGCUGGCGACGCCUCUCGAUUGCUGCCGCAGGUGAAAGCGAAGACAACUCCAUUGUCAUGAUGCUUUGCAGCAGAAAUGCACCCGCCCUAGAGUAUCUAUCGAUCUGCGUCGACAAUGCUGAACACGUAGAUGAGGCAGUCGUCCGUAAAAAUGCUUACGAGCCUCGCAUUUUCUCUCAAGGUGCACCGAGGCUGUCGUUCGUGCGUCUUCGGGGUCUUGCGAUAUACCUAUUCCGACCACCGCUGCUGGAGCUUACAACACUCCAUCUUGACCAGACAAAAGCACUUCCCAUGCGGUUCUCCAUGUUUCGUGACAUAGUGACCCUUUCCCCAGCCUUGGCUCAUCUCUCCCUUUACGGUGACAUCAUUGGAAACGAGUCGUGGUCCGGAAGGGCCUUGAUUAGUUUACCUAAUCUCCGUUCUUUGCGGAUAUGCGGGAUCAGCGGUCGAGUGUAUGGAGGAGCGUUGCAAGCAAUUGAUGCUCCACAGUUAGAAUCCCUGGUAUUAAAGGAUUUACACGAGCACGAUCUUGACGGGUUGUGGGACGACGCUGAAGCCGUAGCGAGGUAUUGCCAUCUAAAACAUCUGACAUUUUGUGAUUUCGAAGUAUCCAACUUCGCGUACAAACGCCUUCUUCGUGCAUUCCCCGAUAUCACCGAAUUUUCCUCGUUCUACUCAUCUAUUGGCACAUCUCCGAUAUCACCAAUCCUAGCGGCGGCAAACGACGUAGAAUCUGACUUUGUGAUAGGGAGGCCAUGGCCUUUUCUGCAGACACUUGCAUUUCUCCUUGACGUUGACGAGGAUGAAGAUUGGAUAAAAAACGUAGUGACGAGACGUAAGGAGGCAGGUCGUCCACUGGUGAAGCUGCGGUUUGGCACAAAUUAUGCAGGGGUAUUCAAGAGGUGGAAAAAGAACGUGGCCCUGGAAAACACCCUUAAAAUCGAAACUUUCAGCGAUAUCGAUAAAUGGCCCGCCAACCGAAGCUACCCCGACCAAGACGAUGGAUUGUUUCCGUGA